UGGGCUUGUUUUUCCCACGGAUAUGAGAGGAACAAACUAAGGCACGAAUGGCAUUUCUAUUAAGGAAGAUUUUAAAUCUUGAGGACGUUUCAGUCAACCAUACCUUACUGUCAGCGCUUAUCUAGUGCGACUUUGCAAAUCAAACCGUUAUUGUCAGUAGUAAUAGUAGAGAGAUUUAACCCUCAAGUGGUAAAGGUGCCUGGAUCACGUUUCUCUGCUGACGAAAGCAAUUGUUUGCUACACGGACAUCAAGCUUCCCUCUUGCGCACAACCCAGUGAUAACCAGUGGAUUCGGCAGAACAGUGGUCAAAUAAGCAACUUGUCUCAUGGAGUUGACGUUAACAGAAGGACAAAUAGCAGAUUUUAAGGAGGCUUUCUCGCUUCUUGAUAAAGACGGUGAUGGUACCAUAACCACAAAGGAGCUUGGGAUACUAAUGAGGUCCCUGGGUGAAAAUCCAACCGAGCAGGAACUGGAAGAGAUCAUCUUAGAAAUCGACAUGGACGGCAAUGGCAUCAUUGACUUCAGAGAAUUUCUCCACCUGAUGGACACCCGGAUGAAAGAAACAGACACAGAAGCAGAGAUACGAGAAAUGUUCAAAGUGUUUGACAUGGAUGGUAACGGGUUUAUAAGUGCUGAAGAAUUCAAGUGGACCAUGAUGAACCUUGGUAAUCAGUUGACCGAAGAAGAAGUCAACGAGAUCAUCAAAACGGCUGAUUUGAAUGGCGACGGACAAAUUGAUCUGGAAGAGUUUGUCAAAAUGAUGUCCUCAUGAGCCAGCACGUGCCAUUAUCAUUAUUUAAUGGUACAGAAGUUGUGCACUGGGCACUCAAGACACAGGAUUGUUUCUGGCAUCGUGCUCUGUAUUUCUCUGAACGUGUCUGUAGAAAUGAGUGGGACUCACACUAUCCAGAAGUUAUGAACUUACACAAUAGUGUGACAUUACAAUGUUCAAUCAAAGUUAAGGAUAAGCCUCUAGCAAUUGAUUAUCCUAAUGAUUUGUAUGUUUUACGUAACUUUAUAUAGUAACUGACAUAUGUACUGCAAGUGCCUUGGUUGUUCAAAAACCUAUCGUUUGUUGCACUGAUAAAACCGUAGAAAAUUGAAGUAUAUUAUAUAAAAGUAAUGGACCGCCCUUUCUAUCGGUUUACCGGCGUAAUAACCCAAUUGGGAUGUUGGGAGAACACAAGAAAAGUCGGUAAAUCACUUGCUUUAGGCUCUUGAUUUACCAACUUUUCUCGUGUUCUAACAUCCUAAGUGGGUUAUUACGCCGGUAAACCUAUCGAAAGUGCGGUCCAUUACCAGGACCUUAAGAAAUGUGUAGAGAACAGUAUGGAGAAUAUGCAUACUGAUGUUAGGCUGCAAACGGUUGAGAGCGUACACCUUCCAAUACCUAUAUUUUUAGCCUUUCAGUGAACUAGGUUUGUUUUAUUUUGUUCCCUUUUUCUAGCUUAGUUUUUUUCCUUCUUUUGUUUUUUCCUCUUUUUUUAAUCACUGGUUUUCUAAUUUCCAUUUCCAUUUUUUAGUUUUGUUUAUGUGCAACUGAGUAAGUUGUGUCUUUCAAAACUAAGUCGAUUUGGGAGCUAAAUGUGCUUUGUAAAAAACGCGUUUACGAUCUUCGUCAUUAUGGAAACGUUUCAGUAGUUUGAAAGAAAAUUUAAUUUGUUUUUAUGCCGAUCA